CUCUUUCAGUCUCUCAUCUUCGUCUCUCUCAUCUCAGUCUCUCGUCAAUUUGUAUUCGCAGAAUAGGGAUGCACAUUAUGCCGAUGUUUGACCAAGAACAAGCCUUAUCACAGGGGUGGAGCAUGUUCCUGGGAUUCUUGCUCGCGCAUAUAUUCCUCAGUACGCCUUACAUCCUGCACCAGCUCCGACUCCUGGUACGACUGCUGCUCCCGGUUCGUGCACCAGCUUCGAUUCCUGCUCCUGCUACAGCUGCGAUUGCUGCCCCCCUGCUACAGCAGCGAUUGCUGCCGCUGCGACUGCAGAGCAUUACGCUGCAAACCUACUGCAGAGAAUUUGCCCCGUUCAUCUCAUGGGAAUCCCCUGUCAUGAAAACGAAUCAUGCACACAUUUGCACCACGCCAUGCGAUUACCUCCACCAAAUUACAACUACGUGCUAUAAGAUAGUGGAGGGCGAAGAAUGUGGAGGAAAAACAUGCGGGAUGGGUCAUGACUUUCUGGAGGUCAGACUCCAGAGUUAUGUGAGAGGAUAUUACCACCGUGUGCAGACUUUGGCGGAAUCCUUCUAUGAGGAAUCAGAGUAAUCUUCAAUUGGUAUCAUAGUUUAAGGAUGUAUUCCAGGGCACACCAGGUCCUUGCCAUAUUUGUUCCCGUACCAGAACAAGGAAAUACUGAGCACGACUGAGCAACGUG